AUGACUGCGGGCGUCUCGGGCAGCGGGCGCAAUGGCUACGGGAGCGCCGUCAGCACCGUCAACGGCAUGGUCUCGGAGGCUGUUGGACUCCGCACGCAGGUUGCCGUAGGUAGUAGCGGCAGUGGCGUCGCCAGCGACAUCGACAGCAGGGUCUCGGACACGAUGGAGGUGACCGUGGCCUUGGUGGACGUGGUCAGCGGCGUCUCCGCCGACAUGGACACGGACACGGACGCGAUGGUGGCGGGCGACUCGGGCAGCAAGCACAACGGCGGCCGCAGCGCCGUGUGUGCCGUCAACAGCAUGGUCUCGGAGGCUUCCGCGGCGACCGUGGCCGUGUUGGACGUGAGUGGCCGUGUUGGACUCCGCACGCAGGUUGCCGUAGGUAGUAGCGGCAGUGGCGUCGCCAGCGACAUCGACAGCAGGGUCUCGGACACGAUGGAGGUGACCGUGGCCUUGGUGGACGUGGUCAGCGGCGUCUCCGCCGACAUGGACACGGACACGGACACGGACGCGAUGGUGGCGGGCGACUCGGGCAGCAAGCACAACGGCGGCCGCAGCGCCGUGUGUGCCGUCAACAGCAUGGUCUCGGAGGCUUCCGCGGCGACCGUGGCCGUGUUGGACGUGAGUGGCCGUGUUGGACUCCGCACGCAGGUUGCCGUAGGUAGUAGCGGCAGUGGCGUCGCCAGCGACAUCGACAGCAGGGUCUCGGACACGAUGGAGGUGACCGUGGCCUUGGUGGACGUGGUCAGCGGCGUCUCCGCCGACAUGGACACGGACACGGACACGGACGCGAUGGUGGCGGGCGACUCGGGCAGCAAGCACAACGGCGGCCGCAGCGCCGUGUGUGCCGUCAACAGCAUGGUCUCGGAGGCUUCCGCGGCGACCGUGGCCGUGUUGGACGUGAGUGGCCGUGUUGGACUCCGCACGCAGGUUGCCGUAGGUAGUAGCGGCAGUGGCGUCGCCAGCGACAUCGACAGCAGGGUCUCGGACACGAUGGAGGUGACCGUGGCCUUGGUGGACGUGGUCAGCGGCGUCUCCGCCGACAUGGACACGGACACGGACACGGACGCGAUGGUGGCGGGCGACUCGGGCAGCAAGCACAACGGCGGCCGCAGCGCCGUGUGUGCCGUCAACAGCAUGGUCUCGGAGGCUUCUGCGGCGACCGUGGCCGUGUUGGACGUGAGUGGCCGUGUUGGACUCCGCACGCAGGUUGCCGUAGGUAGUAGCGGCAGUGGCGUCGCCAGCGACAUCGACAGCAGGGUCUCGGACACGAUGGAGGUGACCGUGGCCUUGGUGGACGUGGUCAGCGGCGUCUCCGCCGACAUGGACACGGACACGGACACGGACGCGAUGGUGGCGGGCGACUCGGGCAGCAAGCACAACGGCGGCCGCAGCGCCGUGUGUGCCGUCAACAGCAUGGUCUCGGAGGCUUCCGCGGCGACCGUGGCCGUGUUGGACGUGAGUGGCCGUGUUGGACUCCGCACGCAGGUUGCCGUAGGUAGUAGCGGCAGUGGCGUCGCCAGCGACAUCGACAGCAGGGUCUCGGACACGAUGGAGGUGACCGUGGCCUUGGUGGACGUGGUCAGCGGCGUCUCCGCCGACAUGGACACGGACACGGACGCGAUGGUGGCGGGCGACUCGGGCAGCAAGCACAACGGCGGCCGCAGCGCCGUGUGUGCCGUCAACAGCAUGGUCUCGGAGGCUUCCGCGGCGACCGUGGCCGUGUUGGACGUGAGUGGCCGUGUUGGACUCCGCACGCAGGUUGCCGUAGGUAGUAGCGGCAGUGGCGUCGCCAGCGACAUCGACAGCAGGGUCUCGGACACGAUGGAGGUGACCGUGGCCUUGGUGGACGUGGUCAGCGGCGUCUCCGCCGACAUGGACACGGACACGGACGCGAUGGUGGCGGGCGACUCGGGCAGCAAGCACAACGGCGGCCGCAGCGCCGUGUGUGCCGUCAACAGCAUGGUCUCGGAGGCUUCCGCGGCGACCGUGGCCGUGUUGGACGUGAGUGGCCGUGUUGGACUCCGCACGCAGGUUGCCGUAGGUAGUAGCGGCAGUGGCGUCGCCAGCGACAUCGACAGCAGGGUCUCGGACACGAUGGAGGUGACCGUGGCCUUGGUGGACGUGGUCAGCGGCGUCUCCGCCGACAUGGACACGGACACGGACGCGAUGGUGGCGGGCGACUCGGGCAGCAAGCACAACGGCGGCCGCAGCGCCGUGUGUGCCGUCAACAGCAUGGUCUCGGAGGCUUCCGCGGCGACCGUGGCCGUGUUGGACGUGAGUGGCCGUGUUGGACUCCGCACGCAGGUUGCCGUAGGUAGUAGCGGCAGUGGCGUCGCCAGCGACAUCGACAGCAGGGUCUCGGACACGAUGGAGGUGACCGUGGCCUUGGUGGACGUGGUCAGCGGCGUCUCCGCCGACAUGGACACGGACACGGACGCGAUGGUGGCGGGCGACUCGGGCAGCAAGCACAACGGCGGCCGCAGCGCUGUGUGUGCCGUCAACAGCAUGGUCUCGGAGGCUUCCGCGGCGACCGUGGCCGUGUUGGACGUGAGUGGCCGUGUUGGACUCCGCACGCAGGUUGCCGUAGGUAGUAGCGGCAGUGGCGUCGCCAGCGACAUCGACAGCAGGGUCUCGGACACGAUGGAGGUGACCGUGGCCUUGGUGGACGUGGUCAGCGGCGUCUCCGCCGACAUGGACACGGACACGGACGCGAUGGUGGCGGGCGACUCGGGCAGCAAGCACAACGGCGGCCGCAGCGCCGUGUGUGCCGUCAACAGCAUGGUCUCGGAGGCUUCCGCGGCGACCGUGGCCGUGUUGGACGUGAGUGGCCGUGUUGGACUCCGCACGCAGGUUGCUGUAGGUAGUAGCGGCAGUGGCGUCGCCAGCGACAUCGACAGCAGGGUCUCGGACACGAUGGAGGUGACCGUGGCCUUGGUGGACGUGGUCAGCGGCGUCUCCGCCGACAUGGACACGGACACGGACGCGAUGGUGGCGGGCGACUCGGGCAGCAAGCACAACGGCGGCCGCAGCGCCGUGUGUGCCGUCAACAGCAUGGUCUCGGAGGCUUCCGCGGCGACCGUGGCCGUGUUGGACGUGAGUGGCCGUGUUGGACUCCGCACGCAGGUUGCCGUAGGUAGUAGCGGCAGUGGCGUCGCCAGCGACAUCGACAGCAGGGUCUCGGACACGAUGGAGGUGACCGUGGCCUUGGUGGACGUGGUCAGCGGCGUCUCCGCCGACAUGGACACGGACACGGACGCGAUGGUGGCGGGCGACUCGGGCAGCAAGCACAACGGCGGCCGCAGCGCCGUGUGUGCCGUCAACAGCAUGGUCUCGGAGGCUUCCGCGGCGACCGUGGCCGUGUUGGACGUGAGUGGCCGUGUUGGACUCCGCACGCAGGUUGCCGUAGGUAGUAGCGGCAGUGGCGUCGCCAGCGACAUCGACAGCAGGGUCUCGGACACGAUGGAGGUGACCGUGGCCUUGGUGGACGUGGUCAGCGGCGUCUCCGCCGACAUGGACACGGACACGGACGCGAUGGUGGCGGGCGACUCGGGCAGCAAGCACAACGGCGGCCGCAGCGCCGUGUGUGCCGUCAACAGCAUGGUCUCGGAGGCUUCCGCGGCGACCGUGGCCGUGUUGGACGUGAGUGGCCGUGUUGGACUCCGCACGCAGGUUGCCGUAGGUAGUAGCGGCAGUGGCGUCGCCAGCGACAUCGACAGCAGGGUCUCGGACACGAUGGAGGUGACCGUGGCCUUGGUGGACGUGGUCAGCGGCGUCUCCGCCGACAUGGACACGGACACGGACGCGAUGGUGGCGGGCGACUCGGGCAGCAAGCACAACGGCGGCCGCAGCGCUGUGUGUGCCGUCAACAGCAUGGUCUCGGAGGCUUCCGCGGCGACCGUGGCCGUGUUGGACGUGAGUGGCCGUGUUGGACUCCGCACGCAGGUUGCCGUAGGUAGUAGCGGCAGUGGCGUCGCCAGCGACAUCGACAGCAGGGUCUCGGACACGAUGGAGGUGACCGUGGCCUUGGUGGACGUGGUCAGCGGCGUCUCCGCCGACAUGGACACGGACACGGACGCGAUGGUGGCGGGCGACUCGGGCAGCAAGCACAACGGCGGCCGCAGCGCCGUGUGUGCCGUCAACAGCAUGGUCUCGGAGGCUUCCGCGGCGACCGUGGCCGUGUUGGACGUGAGUGGCCGUGUUGGACUCCGCACGCAGGUUGCCGUAGGUAGUAGCGGCAGUGGCGUCGCCAGCGACAUCGACAGCAGGGUCUCGGACACGAUGGAGGUGACCGUGGCCUUGGUGGACGUGGUCAGCGGCGUCUCCGCCGACAUGGACACGGACACGGACGCGAUGGUGGCGGGCGACUCGGGCAGCAAGCACAACGGCGGCCGCAGCGCCGUGUGUGCCGUCAACAGCAUGGUCUCGGAGGCUUCCGCGGCGACCGUGGCCGUGUUGGACGUGAGUGGCCGUGUUGGACUCCGCACGCAGGUUGCCGUAGGUAGUAGCGGCAGUGGCGUCGCCAGCGACAUCGACAGCAGGGUCUCGGACACGAUGGAGGUGACCGUGGCCUUGGUGGACGUGGUCAGCGGCGUCUCCGCCGACAUGGACACGGACACGGACGCGAUGGUGGCGGGCGACUCGGGCAGCAAGCACAACGGCGGCCGCAGCGCCGUGUGUGCCGUCAACAGCAUGGUCUCGGAGGCUUCCGCGGCGACCGUGGCCGUGUUGGACGUGAGUGGCCGUGUUGGACUCCGCACGCAGGUUGCCGUAGGUAGUAGCGGCAGUGGCGUCGCCAGCGACAUCGACAGCAGGGUCUCGGACACGAUGGAGGUGACCGUGGCCUUGGUGGACGUGGUCAGCGGCGUCUCCGCCGACAUGGACACGGACACGGACGCGAUGGUGGCGGGCGACUCGGGCAGCAAGCACAACGGCGGCCGCAGCGCCGUGUGUGCCGUCAACAGCAUGGUCUCGGAGGCUUCCGCGGCGACCGUGGCCGUGUUGGACGUGAGUGGCCGUGUUGGACUCCGCACGCAGGUUGCCGUAGGUAGUAGCGGCAGUGGCGUCGCCAGCGACAUCGACAGCAGGGUCUCGGACACGAUGGAGGCUUCCGCGGCGACCGUGGCCGUGUUGGACGUGAGUGGCCGUGUUGGACGUGAUCGGGGGCGUCUCCGCUGGCAUGGUCACGAACGCGACGUCCGCACGCAGGUUGCCGUAGGUAGUAGCGGCAGUGGCGUCGCCAGCGACAUCGACAGCAGGGUCUCGGACACGAUGGAGGUGACCGUGGCCUUGGUGGACGUGGUCAGCGGCGUCUCCGCCGACAUGGACACGGACACGGACGCGAUGGUGGCGGGCGACUCGGGCAGCAAGCACAACGGCGGCCGCAGCGCCGUGUGUGCCGUCAACAGCAUGGUCUCGGAGGCUUCCGCGGCGACCGUGGCCGUGUUGGACGUGAGUGGCCGUGUUGGACUCCGCACGCAGGUUGCCGUAGGUAGUAGCGGCAGUGGCGUCGCCAGCGACAUCGACAGCAGGGUCUCGGACACGAUGGAGGUGACCGUGGCCUUGGUGGACGUGGUCAGCGGCGUCUCCGCCGACAUGGACACGGACACGGACGCGAUGGUGGCGGGCGACUCGGGCAGCAAGCACAACGGCGGCCGCAGCGCCGUGUGUGCCGUCAACAGCAUGGUCUCGGAGGCUUCCGCGGCGACCGUGGCCGUGUUGGACGUGAGUGGCCGUGUUGGACUCCGCACGCAGGUUGCCGUAGGUAGUAGCGGCAGUGGCGUCGCCAGCGACAUCGACAGCAGGGUCUCGGACACGAUGGAGGUGACCGUGGCCUUGGUGGACGUGGUCAGCGGCGUCUCCGCCGACAUGGACACGGACACGGACGCGAUGGUGGCGGGCGACUCGGGCAGCAAGCACAACGGCGGCCGCAGCGCCGUGUGUGCCGUCAACAGCAUGGUCUCGGAGGCUUCCGCGGCGACCGUGGCCGUGUUGGACGUGAGUGGCCGUGUUGGACUCCGCACGCAGGUUGCCGUAGGUAGUAGCGGCAGUGGCGUCGCCAGCGACAUCGACAGCAGGGUCUCGGACACGAUGGAGGUGACCGUGGCCUUGGUGGACGUGGUCAGCGGCGUCUCCGCCGACAUGGACACGGACACGGACGCGAUGGUGGCGGGCGACUCGGGCAGCAAGCACAACGGCGGCCGCAGCGCCGUGUGUGCCGUCAACAGCAUGGUCUCGGAGGCUUCCGCGGCGACCGUGGCCGUGUUGGACGUGAGUGGCCGUGUUGGACUCCGCACGCAGGUUGCCGUAGGUAGUAGCGGCAGUGGCGUCGCCAGCGACAUCGACAGCAGGGUCUCGGACACGAUGGAGGUGACCGUGGCCUUGGUGGACGUGGUCAGCGGCGUCUCCGCCGACAUGGACACGGACACGGACGCGAUGGUGGCGGGCGACUCGGGCAGCAAGCACAACGGCGGCCGCAGCGCCGUGUGUGCCGUCAACAGCAUGGUCUCGGAGGCUUCCGCGGCGACCGUGGCCGUGUUGGACGUGAGUGGCCGUGUUGGACUCCGCACGCAGGUUGCCGUAGGUAGUAGCGGCAGUGGCGUCGCCAGCGACAUCGACAGCAGGGUCUCGGACACGAUGGAGGUGACCGUGGCCUUGGUGGACGUGGUCAGCGGCGUCUCCGCCGACAUGGACACGGACACGGACGCGAUGGUGGCGGGCGACUCGGGCAGCAAGCACAACGGCGGCCGCAGCGCCGUGUGUGCCGUCAACAGCAUGGUCUCGGAGGCUUCCGCGGCGACCGUGGCCGUGUUGGACGUGAGUGGCCGUGUUGGACUCCGCACGCAGGUUGCCGUAGGUAGUAGCGGCAGUGGCGUCGCCAGCGACAUCGACAGCAGGGUCUCGGACACGAUGGAGGUGACCGUGGCCUUGGUGGACGUGGUCAGCGGCGUCUCCGCCGACAUGGACACGGACACGGACGCGAUGGUGGCGGGCGACUCGGGCAGCAAGCACAACGGCGGCCGCAGCGCCGUGUGUGCCGUCAACAGCAUGGUCUCGGAGGCUUCCGCGGCGACCGUGGCCGUGUUGGACGUGAGUGGCCGUGUUGGACUCCGCACGCAGGUUGCCGUAGGUAGUAGCGGCAGUGGCGUCGCCAGCGACAUCGACAGCAGGGUCUCGGACACGAUGGAGGUGACCGUGGCCUUGGUGGACGUGGUCAGCGGCGUCUCCGCCGACAUGGACACGGACACGGACGCGAUGGUGGCGGGCGACUCGGGCAGCAAGCACAACGGCGGCCGCAGCGCCGUGUGUGCCGUCAACAGCAUGGUCUCGGAGGCUUCCGCGGCGACCGUGGCCGUGUUGGACGUGAGUGGCCGUGUUGGACUCCGCACGCAGGUUGCCGUAGGUAGUAGCGGCAGUGGCGUCGCCAGCGACAUCGACAGCAGGGUCUCGGACACGAUGGAGGUGACCGUGGCCUUGGUGGACGUGGUCAGCGGCGUCUCCGCCGACAUGGACACGGACACGGACGCGAUGGUGGCGGGCGACUCGGGCAGCAAGCACAACGGCGGCCGCAGCGCCGUGUGUGCCGUCAACAGCAUGGUCUCGGAGGCUUCCGCGGCGACCGUGGCCGUGUUGGACGUGAGUGGCCGUGUUGGACUCCGCACGCAGGUUGCCGUAGGUAGUAGCGGCAGUGGCGUCGCCAGCGACAUCGACAGCAGGGUCUCGGACACGAUGGAGGUGACCGUGACCUUGGUGGACGUGGUCAGCGGCGUCUCCGCCGACAUGGACACGGACACGGACGCGAUGGUGGCGGGCGACUCGGGCAGCAAGCACAACGGCGGCCGCAGCGCCGUGUGUGCCGUCAACAGCAUGGUCUCGGAGGCUUCCGCGGCGACCGUGGCCGUGUUGGACGUGAGUGGCCGUGUUGGACUCCGCACGCAGGUUGCCGUAGGUAGUAGCGGCAGUGGCGUCGCCAGCGACAUCGACAGCAGGGUCUCGGACACGAUGGAGGUGACCGUGGCCUUGGUGGACGUGGUCAGCGGCGUCUCCGCCGACAUGGACACGGACACGGACGCGAUGGUGGCGGGCGACUCGGGCAGCAAGCACAACGGCGGCUGCAGCGCCGUGUGUGCCGUCAACAGCAUGGUCUCGGAGGCUUCCGCGGCGACCGUGGCCGUGUUGGACGUGAGUGGCCGUGUUGGACUCCGCACGCAGGUUGCCGUAGGUAGUAGCGGCAGUGGCGUCGCCAGCGACAUCGACAGCAGGGUCUCGGACACGAUGGAGGUGACCGUGGCCUUGGUGGACGUGGUCAGCGGCGUCUCCGCCGACAUGGACACGGACACGGACGCGAUGGUGGCGGGCGACUCGGGCAGCAAGCACAACGGCGGCCGCAGCGCCGUGUGUGCCGUCAACAGCAUGGUCUCGGAGGCUUCCGCGGCGACCGUGGCCGUGUUGGACGUGAGUGGCCGUGUUGGACUCCGCACGCAGGUUGCCGUAGGUAGUAGCGGCAGUGGCGUCGCCAGCGACAUCGACAGCAGGGUCUCGGACACGAUGGAGGUGACCGUGGCCUUGGUGGACGUGGUCAGCGGCGUCUCCGCCGACAUGGACACGGACACGGACGCGAUGGUGGCGGGCGACUCGGGCAGCAAGCACAACGGCGGCCGCAGCGCCGUGUGUGCCGUCAACAGCAUGGUCUCGGAGGCUUCCGCGGCGACCGUGGCCGUGUUGGACGUGAGUGGCCGUGUUGGACUCCGCACGCAGGUUGCCGUAGGUAGUAGCGGCAGUGGCGUCGCCAGCGACAUCGACAGCAGGGUCUCGGACACGAUGGAGGUGACCGUGGCCUUGGUGGACGUGGUCAGCGGCGUCUCCGCCGACAUGGACACGGACACGGACGCGAUGGUGGCGGGCGACUCGGGCAGCAAGCACAACGGCGGCCGCAGCGCCGUGUGUGCCGUCAACAGCAUGGUCUCGGAGGCUUCCGCGGCGACCGUGGCCGUGUUGGACGUGAGUGGCCGUGUUGGACUCCGCACGCAGGUUGCCGUAGGUAGUAGCGGCAGUGGCGUCGCCAGCGACAUCGACAGCAGGGUCUCGGACACGAUGGAGGUGACCGUGGCCUUGGUGGACGUGGUCAGCGGCGUCUCCGCCGACAUGGACACGGACACGGACGCGAUGGUGGCGGGCGACUCGGGCAGCAAGCACAACGGCGGCCGCAGCGCCGUGUGUGCCGUCAACAGCAUGGUCUCGGAGGCUUCCGCGGCGACCGUGGCCGUGUUGGACGUGAUCGGGGGCGUCUCCGCUGGCAUGGUCACGAACGCGACGGUUGCCGUAGGUAGUAGCGGCAGUGGCGUCGCCAGCGACAUCGACAGCAGGGUCUCGGACACGAUGGAGGUGACCGUGGCCUUGGUGGACGUGGUCAGCGGCGUCUCCGCCGACAUGGACACGGACACGGACGCGAUGGUGGCGGGCGACUCGGGCAGCAAGCACAACGGCGGCCGCAGCGCCGUGUGUGCCGUCAACAGCAUGGUCUCGGAGGCUUCCGCGGCGACCGUGGCCGUGUUGGACGUGAGUGGCCGUGUUGGACUCCGCACGCAGGUUGCCGUAGGUAGUAGCGGCAGUGGCGUCGCCAGCGACAUCGACAGCAGGGUCUCGGACACGAUGGAGGUGACCGUGGCCUUGGUGGACGUGGUCAGCGGCGUCUCCGCCGACAUGGACACGGACACGGACGCGAUGGUGGCGGGCGACUCGGGCAGCAAGCACAACGGCGGCCGCAGCGCCGUGUGUGCCGUCAACAGCAUGGUCUCGGAGGCUUCCGCGGCGACCGUGGCCGUGUUGGACGUGAUCGGGGGCGUCUCCGCUGGCAUGGUCACGAACGCGACGGUUGCCGUAGGUAGUAGCGGCAGUGGCGUCGCCAGCGACAUCGACAGCAGGGUCUCGGACACGAUGGAGGUGACCGUGGCCUUGGUGGACGUGGUCAGCGGCGUCUCCGCCGACAUGGACACGGACACGGACGCGAUGGUGGCGGGCGACUCGGGCAGCAAGCACAACGGCGGCCGCAGCGCCGUGUGUGCCGUCAACAGCAUGGUCUCGGAGGCUUCCGCGGCGACCGUGGCCGUGUUGGACGUGAGUGGCCGUGUUGGACUCCGCACGCAGGUUGCCGUAGGUAGUAGCGGCAGUGGCGUCGCCAGCGACAUCGACAGCAGGGUCUCGGACACGAUGGAGGUGACCGUGGCCUUGGUGGACGUGGUCAGCGGCGUCUCCGCCGACAUGGACACGGACACGGACGCGAUGGUGGCGGGCGACUCGGGCAGCAAGCACAACGGCGGCCGCAGCGCCGUGUGUGCCGUCAACAGCAUGGUCUCGGAGGCUUCCGCGGCGACCGUGGCCGUGUUGGACGUGAGUGGCCGUGUUGGACUCCGCACGCAGGUUGCCGUAGGUAGUAGCGGCAGUGGCGUCGCCAGCGACAUCGACAGCAGGGUCUCGGACACGAUGGAGGUGACCGUGGCCUUGGUGGACGUGGUCAGCGGCGUCUCCGCCGACAUGGACACGGACACGGACGCGAUGGUGGCGGGCGACUCGGGCAGCAAGCACAACGGCGGCCGCAGCGCCGUGUGUGCCGUCAACAGCAUGGUCUCGGAGGCUUCCGCGGCGACCGUGGCCGUGUUGGACGUGAGUGGCCGUGUUGGACUCCGCACGCAGGUUGCCGUAGGUAGUAGCGGCAGUGGCGUCGCCAGCGACAUCGACAGCAGGGUCUCGGACACGAUGGAGGUGACCGUGGCCUUGGUGGACGUGGUCAGCGGCGUCUCCGCCGACAUGGACACGGACACGGACGCGAUGGUGGCGGGCGACUCGGGCAGCAAGCACAACGGCGGCCGCAGCGCCGUGUGUGCCGUCAACAGCAUGGUCUCGGAGGCUUCCGCGGCGACCGUGGCCGUGUUGGACGUGAGUGGCCGUGUUGGACUCCGCACGCAGGUUGCCGUAGGUAGUAGCGGCAGUGGCGUCGCCAGCGACAUCGACAGCAGGGUCUCGGACACGAUGGAGGUGACCGUGGCCUUGGUGGACGUGGUCAGCGGCGUCUCCGCCGACAUGGACACGGACACGGACGCGAUGGUGGCGGGCGACUCGGGCAGCAAGCACAACGGCGGCCGCAGCGCCGUGUGUGCCGUCAACAGCAUGGUCUCGGAGGCUUCCGCGGCGACCGUGGCCGUGUUGGACGUGAGUGGCCGUGUUGGACUCCGCACGCAGGUUGCCGUAGGUAGUAGCGGCAGUGGCGUCGCCAGCGACAUCGACAGCAGGGUCUCGGACACGAUGGAGGUGACCGUGGCCUUGGUGGACGUGGUCAGCGGCGUCUCCGCCGACAUGGACACGGACACGGACGCGAUGGUGGCGGGCGACUCGGGCAGCAAGCACAACGGCGGCCGCAGCGCCGUGUGUGCCGUCAACAGCAUGGUCUCGGAGGCUUCCGCGGCGACCGUGGCCGUGUUGGACGUGAGUGGCCGUGUUGGACUCCGCACGCAGGUUGCCGUAGGUAGUAGCGGCAGUGGCGUCGCCAGCCACAUCGACAGCAGGGUCUCGGACACGAUGGAGGUGACCGUGGCCUUGGUGGACGUGGUCAGCGGCGACUCCGCCGACAUGGACACGGACACGGACGCGAUGGUGGCGGGCGACUCGGGCAGCAAGCACAACGGCGGCCGCAGCGCCGUGUGUGCCGUCAACAGCAUGGUCUCGGAGGCUUCCGCGGCGACCGUGGCCGUGUUGGACGUGAGUGGCCGUGUUGGACGUGAGGCUACAUGA